CCAUAGAGUUCUUUCCGUGUAGUGCCAGCCAGGGCUGCGUCUCUUCCUCUCUGUGGUGAGAUGGCGGGUGUGGAAGUGCCGCGGGAGCCCCAUGGCCCGGAGGAAGACGAGAAACACAUGAACGGAGAGGUGGAGGAGGAGGAAGAGGUCACGGCUAACGGGGAGGUUAGCGCCAGCAAGAAAAAGAGGAAGAAGAAGAAAAAGAGUAAACCAGGACCAGAUACUGAGAAAGACACGGGAGCUGCUACCACAGCUGUUGAUGAGGCAACAAAACAGUUGGAGAAGCAAACCCUAGAAAACAAGGAUGACGAGGAAGAAGAUGGUGAGGGUGAUGUUGACGGAGCAAACGGGAAAAAGAAGAAAAAGAAGAAGAAGAAAAAGGGCUCCAAGGGCCAGACAGAUCCACCCUCAAUCCCGAUUUGCGAUCUGUACACAGGUGGUGUAUACCCAAAAGGACAGGAGUGCGAGUACCCAACAGCACAAGAUGGACGUACUGCUGCUUGGAGGGCAACUAAUGAUGAAAAGAAAGCUUUGGAUCAAGCUAGUGAGGAAAUCUGGACUGAUUUUAGACAAGCUGCCGAGGCUCACAGACAAGUUCGGAAAUAUGUCAUGGGCUUUAUCAAACCGGGCAUGACUAUGAUCGAAAUCUGUGAAAAGCUUGAAGACUGUUCUCGUAAGCUGAUUAAAGAGAAUGGCCUGUAUGCCGGCCUUGCAUUCCCUACAGGCUGCUCCCUGAAUAACUGUGCAGCUCAUUACACUCCUAACGCUGGGGACACCACAGUAUUACAAUAUGACGAUGUGUGCAAAAUUGAUUUUGGAACCCAUAUCAAUGGCCGUAUAAUUGAUUGUGCUUUCACAGUGACGUUCAAUCCAAAGUUUGAUAAGUUGCUAGAAGCUGUCAAAGAUGCUACAAAUACUGGAAUCCGGUGUUCUGGUAUUGAUGUACGCCUGUGUGACGUGGGAGAAGCAAUCCAAGAAGUAAUGGAGUCGUACGAAGUGGAACUGGACGGCAAAACAUAUCAAGUGAAACCCAUUCGUAACCUUAAUGGCCACUCCAUUGGGCAAUAUAGAAUACACGGAGGAAAAACUGUACCGAUUGUAAAGGGAGGAGAAGCAACCAGAAUGGAGGAAGGUGAGGUGUACGCCAUAGAAACUUUUGGUAGCACAGGAAAAGGAAUCGUUCACGAUGACAUGGAGUGUUCUCAUUACAUGAAAAAUUUUGAUGUUGGGCAUGUGCCAAUACGCCUUCCACGAGCGAGACACUUGUUAAAUGUCAUCAAUGAAAACUUUAGCACUCUUGCAUUCUGCCGCAGAUGGCUGGACCGACUUGGAGAGAGUAAAUACCUAAUGGCUCUUAAGAAUCUUUGUGAUUUGGGGAUCGUGGACCCGUAUCCUCCUCUGUGCGACAUAAAAGGCUCCUACACAGCGCAGUUUGAGCACACAAUAUUGUUACGCCCAACUUGCAAGGAAGUUGUAAGCAGAGGAGAUGACUAUUAAAGCUAACUGAUGCUAAACACAGCACUGUUUCUAAAUACUGCUUCUGUAGAAGCAUGUGGCAUAAAAGUAAUUUGGUAUGUGGCUUUCUUAUCAGUGGACACUUGAAUUUUUUUUUCCAGAUUUGAAAAUUGGAAUAAACCAUAAGACUGAUCAGAGACAUAGCUUUACUAACCGUGUGCUCCUUUAAAAAGACAGAUAAUUCAUGUGCCCACGUGUCAUAUUUGCUUUUGGUUCAGGGAAAAGUGUAAUGAAAUCCAAAUUUAAUUUAAGAAGCUUUUGGAAAUAUUUAUAUUCACCUAUUACAGCAAGUUUCUUAAACUUUAUUUGUGCAGAUAAUCGUAAUGCAUUUUAAUUCCCUGAUAACCAUUUUGUAAAAAAAAAAAAAAAUCUAUAAUAAAGUUACAUUUUUAGGUCA